CGAACGAGGUUGGAGCAUGUCCGAAAACCGUAAAUCGCGAGAACGGCGAGAUUCUGGGUUUGCAGGGUCUGGGGCCGAGGACGGAGGAGCAAAAGCAGGGAAAAAGGUGACGUCGGAGCUCGCUUAGAGACUCACUCAUCCUUCCCUUCUUAAUAAUUAUCGCGACUCUAUAUAGAUUCCUCUCUCCCCACCACGUCCUUCCUUCUCUCCUUCAACAACACUCACAGUCAGCUUAUUCUCUGUUCAUACAAACCUCACACCAAUCAUGUCCGUCCCUACUUCCUUCUACGACCUCGCUCCCCUCGACAGCAAGGGAAACCCCUUCGACUUCCACCAGCUCGAGGGCAAGGUCGUCGUCAUCGUCAACGUCGCCUCCAAGUGCGGUUUCACUCCUCAAUACAAGGGCCUCGAGGAGCUCUACCAGAAGUACCACGACAAGGGACUCGAGAUCAUCGGCUUCCCUUGCAACCAGUUCGGUCGCCAGGAGCCCGGCUCUGACGAGGAGAUCGCCUCGUUCUGCACCCUCAACUACGGCGUCACUUUCCCCGUCCUCAAGAAGGUCGACGUCAACGGCGACAACGCCGACGCCGUCUACAAGUUCCUCAAGUCCAAGAAGGCCGGUCUCCUCGGCUUCCGCGGCAUCAAGUGGAACUUUGAGAAGUUCGUCAUCGACCGCAAGGGCGAGGUCGUCGAACGCUUCUCCUCGGUCACCACCCCUGAGGGUCUCUCGUCCGAGAUCGAGAAGCUGCUCUAAAUUCCCUCCCCUCCGUUGCUCCCGCCACCGCCUCCCAGGACCGACACUCUACUCCACACAGUAACCUAGCUUCCUCUCCCGCUCUUUUGACAGCUUGCGGUUUGGUUCUAUUCUUGGAGUUGGGUCUUAUCUGGUUUCUUCGGUAUGCGGAGGCGUAUGGUCGGGAACUAGGCUUGUGAAGGAUAGCG